CCCACUUCUUUAAAGCAAAACCUUAUUUCAUUAUCAAUCCAUAUUUUUAGUCUCUAAAAAAAAAAAAGAGAAAAAAUCCAUAUUUUAGUCAACUGCUGCUGAUUCGGUCCCUCAUCAUUGCCCAUUCGCUUGUUUAAAAGACUGUUAUAUUGUUCUCUGUCUCCAAGAGAAUUGAUAUCAACCGGAAAAUCCCAAGUAAACAGUAGGUUUUUUUUUUUUUUUUUGUUUUUGAGACGAUGAAAUCGGUUGAAGAAGCACUCGAAAUAGUGUUGACAGUGUCUCAGCGGCUGCCACCUGUCACUGUUCCCCUUCAGGAUGCUCUUGACAAAGUUUUGGCUGAGGAUAUUCAUGCUCCUGACCCUCUUCCUCCUUACCCUGCAUCCGUCAAGGAUGGAUAUGCUGUAGUUGCCUCAGACGGUCCUGGUGAAUAUCCUGUGAUUACGGAAUCAAGAGCUGGAAAUGAUGCAGUUGGGAUCACUGUGACUUCUGGAACCAUUGCAUAUGUGACAACAGGAGGUCCAAUACCUGAUGGAGCAGAUGCUGUUGUGCAAGUGGAGGAUACUCAAUUAGUAGAGAAUGCUCCAACAGAAACUAAGAGGGUGCAGAUUUUGAAACAAACUAGCCCUGGUGUUGAUAUUCGCCCAGUGGGAUGUGACAUUAAGAAAGGUGAUCUGGUGCUGAAAUCUGGGGAACGAUUAGAUGCAGCCGAAAUUGGCCUCCUUGCAACAGUGGGUAUAGUCAUGGUCAAGGUCUAUCCUGCUCCGACGAUUGCUGUGGUUUCCACUGGUGAUGAACUUGUGGAGCCAGAAGUUGGAAAUUUAGCUCAGGGUCAGAUUCGAGAUUCCAACCGUGCGAUGCUUCUUGCUGCUGCAUUACAGCAGCACUGCAAAGUUCUUGACCUGGGUAUAGCUCGCGAUGACAUGGUAGAGAUUGAAAGAGUUUUGGAAAGUGCAGUUUCUGCUGGGGUUGAUAUCAUCAUUACGUCAGGUGGUGUUUCUAUGGGAGAUAGAGAUUAUGUCAAGCCGUUACUUGAAAAGAAAGGGAAAAUUCAUUUUGACAAGGUUCAAAUGAAACCAGGAAAGCCCCUCACUUUUGCUGAGGUUGUUCAUGGAUCGAAUGAGGACACGGGUUUGAAUAAGAUCCUUGCUUUUGGGUUGCCUGGAAAUCCCGUAAGCUGUCUAGUCUGUUUCAAUCUUUUUGUAAUCCCUGCAGUUCGACGUCUUUCUGGAUGGGCAGACCCUAAUCUUCCAAGAGUGCAUGCUCGUCUUAAGCAGUCAAUAAAGUCUGAUGCAAUGCGUCCAGAAUUUCAUCGUGCAAUUGUUAGUUGGGAAUUUGAUAAAGCAAAUGGCUUACCUGGAUUUGUGGCUGAGAGUACUGGACAUCAAAUGAGCAGUCGACUACUGAGUAUGAAGUCUGCAAAUGCAUUACUCCAAUUACCUGCAUCAGGAAAGCUUAUCCCUGCUGGAUCUCUUGUGCCAGCAAUUUUAAUAUCUGAUAUCAGGUCUAUUUCUGCUUCUCCAAAAAGUUCAUCGCAAACAGGAAAUAUUGGUCAAUCAUCUGAGGGUACGGAGUACAGAGUAGCUAUCCUAACUGUGAGUGAUACUGUUGCAACAGGGAAAGGACCCGACAGAAGUGGUCCACGAGCUAUAUCAGUUGUAAACUCGGCAUCAGAAAGAUUAGGAGGAGCCAGGGUAGCUGCAACUGCAGUUGUUCCAGAUGACGUGCCGCAAAUCAAGGAUGUUUUGCUGCAAUGGAGUGAUGUCGAGAAGAUGGAUCUGAUUUUGACAUUGGGUUUGUUGAUUUCUGAUUCCCUUGUCCUUUUCAUUUUUCAUAUUUUUUCCAUGUAGCUUGUGAAGGAUAGUUCACUUAGCAAUAUGUGCUUUAGUUCAAUGUAUUUGUCCUUUGGUCAAUGGAAUUACAAUAAUUGGUUGACAGAUUACAUCUUAUGCUAUGGGUUAUAAUAAUACACACUUGCGACCAAUCUCUUAUAUAGUUAAGUUGUCCCUGAUUUUUUAUGUAAUUUACUUUCUGUUUCUGUCCAUCACAAAACUUCAAAUAUCGCUGUGAUGAAAUUAUCAUUGAAAGAAUAAUUAUCCUCUCGUGAUCGGCUAAAAUGUGGUUUUACUGUCGUCUCUUUGAACUCAUGUCCUUAAAGUGAGCCCUUUAUUUUUUCACUCUUAUAAUAGAUAUCACAUUUCAAUCUUACUUAGUUUAUUAUAUGUAGUUUUGGCCUAUGCAUUUAGUGCAGAAAUAAGCAUCUUCCGGCACUUCUCUCUUUCUCCCUAUAUUUAAUGUAAUAAUGUGUGUAUUUAAUUAGGGGGUACGGGCUUCACUCCCAGAGAUGUUACUCCUGAAGCCACAAAAGAUGUAAUAGAUAAAGAAACACCUGGUCUUCUGUAUGUCAUGAUGCAAGAGAGUUUGAAGGUACCAGCAGGCUAACUUCUGAUUUCAUCUCUUGUUCCAGGUUAUAAAUUUGUCUUCCUAAUUAAUCAAAGCACUCUACAUUUAGUGUUGGAUAAGUUACCGGGUCCAACUUCACGGAGUUCAUGUAAUUGGUGCACUUUUUUCAACGAUCUGUUUAUAUUUUCAUUUUUUAGUAUUCAUUUUGUGUUGGAUAAUUCGGGAGGAUGAUUCGUUUUAUAUCUUCUAAAGAAUCAAGUUUGCUAGUAAUAUUAUGAAGUUUUUGGUAGAAUACAAAUUUUCUUUUUUCAAUGUUUGAGGCACUCUGAGGUGCAACUGUAAUUUGUUUAAGUACUCAAACAGGAUAGUUUUUCAUUUUCUAAAAUAUGAAUAUGCCAUGAAAUGGAUUUUAUGGGGGAAAAAGAACUCUUCAACAAGACAGCCAAAAAAAAAAAAAAAACGAUAUUAAAGUAUUCAUUUACUUUUCUAUAUAUCUUUUGGAUAUAUAAUCUUUUAUUAAGCAGUAAUUUAAUUAUUUAUUUCAGUAUUAAUAUUUAGGAAAGGGUAUUUUAGUGUAUUAGCUAUGCUACAAGAAUUUCUUGGAAUAAAAAGGAAAUUAGGUGAGAAUCCUAGUUGUCUUUGGUUUAGGUUAAGUUUUAGGCCUAUUUAUAUGUACCUCAUAUGAGGAGAUUUUUUAGAGACGUUGAUUAAUAAAAAUUCCUGCAAUAAGCUUUCCUUUGCAAUAGUUGUGUGACUCAACUAAAUCCUUGGUGUGAUGCCUAGGAUUCCUGCGGUGUGACGCCAAAGGGCCUUAAGAGUGAUUCUUAGGUUUCUUCUCUUCUUCUUUUCCUACCCUUAAUCCUUGUUUUCCUGCGAUUUCUAAGAUUGUUUUCCUACAGAUUCUUUUAGUUUCCGUUGCAUACUACUCUUUAAUCAGCCUAAGUUCUGAUUUCUUAACCACCACGUUUUUGUCCUGCGUCAUGUUGAUACCAAAUUCUGCAUGCUUCUCUUCCUCCUCGUGAUAGGAGAAGCUUCUGAUUUUGUUUGUGCGUUACUAACUUUCAGUCUGUUUGAUACCCUGUUUAUGAUUCACGUACUAAUUGUAGUUAUAUAUUGAAAUAUGUCCAGGUGACACCUUUUGCUGUGCUGUCACGGUCUGCAGCAGGAAUAAGGGGGACAACACUGGUGAGCUUUUUUAUGUUGCUAACUAUUAGACAUGAAAAGUCCCUCACCAAUAUACUAGCACUAAUCAGUAAUUUGUUCGCAAAGGAGUUUCUCUUAAUAAUUUAACCUAUUAGACUCCUUGAUUGGUGGAACUGUGUGGGUAACCUGUUCUUUCUGUGCUCUGAAGUAUUUAGUGAAUACGUACUGGCUUGUAGACUCUAGAAGCUUUUUGUGGUUUAUAUGAAGUGGGUAGAAGAAAUAAUGGGUAAUGGAAAGGAAGAUGUGUUUUGUUCCAUGUUACUUUUCUACAAUCUUACUUAUUGCACUCUUCCUUUGUUGUAAGGAAUAUCAUUGCUGACAUUAAUGAAAUAGUAUGGUCGAAAAGAUUAAUAACUACAUAGAUUACUGUUUCCCUUUUGUAAGGUUCUCUCACGGCUGGGGGGAUUUUCAGUUGUGAUGAUUGUCCGAACUACAUUUCUAUCAGCAAUUACAUUUGUCAGAAAGCGAGUAAAACCGGUUGAAAGUACUUACCAGGGAUAAAAAGGGGGAGGGGGGAUAUUAAAGAUUGAGUUUUGUUUUAAAUUUUCACAAUUAGCAGCUAGUAAGUCACAUUACUUUUUGUAAAAAGGAAAAUGCCUCAUUUACUUGAUUAUACUGAGUGAAAUAGGAAUCAGUUGAAUAGCUUGAUAAUGGUGAAGGCAGUCAGAAGGAUUCGAUGUUUGUUGACGGAAGUUGCUAACUGAACAGAAUGAUACCAUGAAUAUACCUCUUGUUUUGUGUGAUGACACUAUCAUGGACAUGGCUAUUUAGAAUUUCUAAUAUUUGCCAUUUGUAGAUGGGGAUCUGUAUUAAAGCCUAAAACAAUAUUUAGUCGGUAACUAUGGUUGAGUAGUUUUUUUUUAUGAAAAGAACUACUCUCGUAGAAUCCUUACUGGAAGUAUGUUUCCACAUUUACAACUCUAUAGUGUUUUAAAUUUAGUUAUAAUGUUAGAAUUUUGGGAACCUUCCUCAUCUGAAUUUCUACUGUGAAUGCUUUGCAUAGAUCAUUAAUAUGCCUGGAAACCCAAAUGCGGUUGCGGAAUGCAUGGAGGCAUUGUUACCUGUCCUUAAACAUGCUUUAAAGCAAGUAAAAGGAGAUAAGAGAGAGAAGCAUCCUCGACAUGUUCCGCAUGCGGAAGCUGCUCCAUCUGAUAUAUGGGAACAUAGUUUCAAGUCGGCUACUAACAACGAUGGGGGUUGUUCUUGUUCUCAAAAAUGAACUGCCAGUUUAAAAUGUAUUGUUCAGCGCUCAAUGCUUGUUAUCUGAUGAACCAGUGUCUCUACUUUAACAUCCAGAUGGGAGAGCAAUCCUAUCCGAUGCACUUUUAAAUGUUAAUACACACUCCAUCCUCAAAAUAUCACAUGAUAAUAAAUCAUUUUAAGAUGGGGAUAUUUGUAUGCUGGUAUUCCAUGUAAAUUUUGAAGUGAUCUCGAACAAAAUACUCCGUCAAAUUGGAAUUAAAACGAUUAAAUCUGACCAGCUUCUGUAAAUUUCUGAAGAACCUCAUUUUUUACUGUUCGUUUCUAAAGCCCUUCCAGAUAAUCAUGCUCAAUUUAUU